GGGAGAUAGUCUAGUAUUAAGCCUUAAAAUCAAAAUGGCGUAUUUCCAAUGACAAUAUAUGACUGUAAUUGAGAGAACAUAUUGGAAGAAUGUCUAUUAUUGUUGUAAUUUUCUCUGUUUUCAUCUGUCAUAUCUCAAGUACUGACGUUAUGCUUCAAUAUGAGGCGAGUGAAGUCACUGGAGAUCAAAUGCCUGACCAGGUCAAUGUAACUUUUAGCACAGAAACAAAAUCUCUAACCAAACUUAAUCUCAGACGCUCGCGGCAUUUUGACCUCGAUAUUCCUUUGUAUACUUUGGACACCGAUCAGGAAGGAAUUUUCCAUAGGCAUAAAGUGAAAACCAGACCCAAAAAGACGGUCGCUUCUUCAAGUUUUAUAGACAGGGACGCUAGUUACGAUGAGAUGAAUGCGGACACAGCGAUAGAUAAUCUACAAGCAUUUAACAUAGGCUCCGGGAGUAGCAUCGUUGGCAUUUAUGAUCACGUGAUGCUGUUAACAGGUUAUGACCUCUUUACAUUGGGCAGUAACAAUGAUAAACAAAGUACCUUAGGGAUUGCUUUUGGUGAAACAAUGUGCCGAACAAACGGGAAGAGCUCUUCUGUGAUAGAAGAUCGCCAAGAAGAUCGCUAUUCUAUCUCUACUUCUCAAACGGUGGCACAUGAACUGGCACAUGGUCGAGGUUACACUUGUCUUGUCUACGCUGUCGAAGCAUCAGCAGACAUUCCAGAUGUAUCUGAUAAAAUAUUGGGUCAGGUGAUCAAACCUGAUCAACAGUGUCAACAGUUUUUUGGAAAUGAUUCCUUCUUUUGCAGGGCUUCCGAAUCUAGACGCUCUAUCACUGAAAUCUGCCAAGCAAUGUUAUGUGCAGAUGUUUUAAGAGGGUUAUGUAUCCCGCAUAUAGCACUCACUGGAACAUCUUGUGGCGAUGGAAAGGUCUGUAUAAAUGGACAUUGUGUCAGCGACCCAUACGCUCCUCAACUUGAUGAAAACUGUGCAUUUGGAGACAGACCGAGCUAUUCUUGCAGUUUGUUUAUCAAUGACUUUAUGGGCAACUGUUACUCUACUCUUGGCUAUCGAGCAUGUUGUGACACGUGUAACAAUGUGUCUAGGCCCGUGAAAGGCUGUGAAUACGGAGAUAGAAUCAUCGAUUGUACAAAAGAUCACUGCUUGAAUUCUCAAGUGGAUUGCUGUGGCACAUGUAACUAUGGCACACCCUUUACCCCAACGUACAGCACCAGAAGAAGCACACCUAAAAGAUUAGCCACGACAGUAAAUCCCCUUGUGCUAUUCACUUCAAUUAAAGAUUGUAAACCAGGAGAUCAAGACUUGAGACCAGAACUGUGCACUAACUUUAGCGUCUGCCUAAUACAGCCAACACAGUGCUGUCACUACUGCUCGUCAUAUUACACGUCUGCAACUACAAGUACCACGACAACGAGACCAUUGAUACCAUCCACUUCACCCAAAACUAAAUGUGAACCAGGAGAUCUAGACUUGAGGCCAGAACUGUGCACUAACACUAGUGUCUGCCAGACAAAGUCAUCACUAUGCUGUCACUAUUGCUCGUUACAUUACAAGUCUGCAAAUACAAGUACCACACAAUUAACGUCCCCCAACGAGUGUGUACUAGGAGAACCAGAUUAAAGUCCACAGCUGUGUACUAGCCGUAGUAUCUGCCAGACACAGCCAUUGAUGUGCUGUAAAUAUUGUUCUUCCCAAGUCAAUUCUGCGAGCCAUCUCUCUUUAUACACUAUUUGGAUAUAUUGUUUUUGUAUUGCGUUUUUUCUUUAUAUUAAAACAAAUGUCUAUUAGGUAGAUAAAGUACAAAUGUCUAUUAGGUAGCUAAAGUACAAGACUCUUAGGUAGAUAAAGUACUUACCCUUGUUCGGAAUUUUUUUUUUUAGUUUUUGUCUAUUUCUUAUCUUUAUACCAUUUUAAGCAUUGUUUACACAAGGAAAUCAAUUAUAAUGAAGCAAUCUAUCAGUCAUAAUGAAGCAAUCGUUGGUGUACUGUGCAUGAAAUAAUAGACCUCUAAAACAUGUAACCAGGGCCGGCCUUAGAUAAUGAGCCUCCUUGUCCUUAUCAUUAUGAGGAACAUUUUGUACAUCCUCUUAUAAUUCUGGAUCUAGAGAUAAAUUAUGUUGCUUGUUUUUAUUUCUUUUAUUAAACAGUUUCAAGUUCUUUAUAUAA